UGGAACAUGGAUGAUGACUGGAAAUGGAGUGAUGAGAAAUGGAGUAACUAUAAUCGAUGAUUAUGGACCAAACCUAGAUCAGUUACAGGUGGGAGAUAGAGUUGGAGUGAUCGUUAAAGAGAAUGGAGCGUUACAUUUCUUUGUAAAUGGUGUGGAUCUUGGCGAGGCUGCAACUAACAUUCCAGUAGGAAAAGUGUAUGGUGUCAUUGACCUCUAUGGUCAGGCUGCGCAGGCAACUAUCGUUGACUAUAACCUUCUUUGUUGCUGCUCAUCUCCAGCACAAAGCUCUCCAAAUGUCUUCGGGGAACAUGUCGAUCUCCAUUUUCACUAUCUCCAUGGAAAAAAUGCCAGAGUCUCAAAUGGUGGGCGCACUGCUUCAAGACCAAAAGCCCUACAUGAAUUCAAUGAAGCUAUCGUUAUAAGCAACAGAACUUUGAAAGAAAAUGAAAUGUUUGCAGUAGUCAUAGAAAAACUGGUAGACCGAUGGUGUGGAUCAAUAGAAGCAGGUGUUACAGCCAUUAGACCAGACGAAUUAGAGUUGCCUGGGACCAUGACUGAUCUAGACCAUGAUACAUGGAUGCUAUCGGGUGCAACUGUGAUGCAAGAUGGCGUUAUGUUCAGGCACAGUUACAAGCUUAAUUUGGAUUCGUUAUCAGUAGGAGAUGUGAUCGGGAUGAUGCGCCAUCCUGAUACAUCCUUGCACUUCUACCUGAAUGGCAUCGACCAAGGAGCAGCAUGUUUUUCAGUUCCUCAGAAUGUAUAUCCUGUCAUUGAUUUGUAUGGACAAUGUGCUCAGGUAUCAAUCGUGAGUUUACCUGAAGGUCGACAAGAUGCUGACUGCAAUGAUGCCGACACAUCAUCACCAUCUGUAGCCUCUCAGAUUGGUGAUACAUUCACCCCUAUCCUUAGAGAACCAGAAGUAAAAAAGAAGACCCACAUUCCAUCUCAUUUAACUCACAGGUUGAGUGCAUUGUGCAGUCAGCACAUACAGCUCGAUGUUAAUAAUACCGUGGCAACGCGAAUUAGCCUAGGUAAUUAUGGCCUCGUAUUCUCCAGUUGUCCUGUCAUGAAGGAUCAGGUGUUCACAAUUCAAAUAGAUCAGUGUGAUACGGCACUAGCGGGCUCACUCGCAAUCGGAAUAACAACAAUGCAGCCUGCGGAGAAAACAGCUCUACCCUCCACCAUUCACCAGCUCAAACAGCCUGUAUGGUUCUUGAAAGGAAGCGAUAUUUGGUAUAACAACACGAUUCUUCAGGAAAGGUAUUGUCAAAGCCUGGAUUGGGCAGAAUCCGGUACUCUAGUCAGUUUAAAACUCUGUAGUAAUCAAACUUUGCGAUUUUAUAUCGACAACAUUGACUGUGGUGUUGCGGUACAAAAUAUUCCAAAGGCAUUAUUUUAUGCUAUCGUGGACUUAAGUGGAAGAACUCUCUCUGUCAGCGUGAUUAGCCAGUCUACUGACGUAUUUCUAAUGCGGCUAGCUUCUAGUAAAGCACAAAUGGCGGAUAGCUUGAAGUCAGAUGAAAGCUCCUCGUGUCAAAGUGGUCCUGUUGUAGAAGUAACCGUUGCUGAUAUUCCAACCAGGGGAGGAACUGAAGAAUGCUCCUUUGCCAAUAAACUGGAAAGUGAUAUCAAAAAAAUCUUCAGCGAUGACUGCUGGUUUUCUUUCAAGGAAAUUACGGGUCAAAAUAUAGUAUUGAUCAAUGAUGGCAUCACAAUAAAGCGUGAAACCAGUUACAAUAAUGGUGUUGUAGUGUGCAGCAAACCCCUGCCGCGAUGCACUUUAUUCCAGAUGGUCCUCGAGUCCCUGAAUCCUCGAUGGGUCUCCUCCAUCAUGCUAGGUGUCGUUAAUGAGUCACAGUUUCCAGUACCACCUACAGCUUUAGGUUUCAAGAAAAAUGCUUGGAUUAUUAGUGCUGAUUCUGUUUUCCAAGAUGGAGAAAAAAUCAAGUCAAACUAUGGACCCAAUCUGGACAAACUUUCGGUAAAGCAGACGGUUGGAGUGAUGGUAGAUGCUGAAUCUCAGUUAAGGUUAUUUGUUAAUGGUGUUGAUCAGGGAGUCGCUGCCUCAAACAUCCCUUACAAGUGCCAUGUUGUUAUUGAUCUCUAUGGACAGUGUGAUCAGAUCUCAAUCAUCAACUCACCAUUACACUUCAGUCAAAUGAAUGCCCCAGUUGAAACCAAAAUUGAGGAGCCCGAAAGUGUACCAGAAGAACUGAAACCUGUCGAUGUUUGUGAAAAGGCUGACCUCGAAAGCCAUGAGAAGGAGCAGUGCGACGAAAAUUCUGAUCAAGAGCUGUGUUGCGAUGAUCCAGCGCUUUCUAAAAGUGUCAAAACAAACGAGAAUUGUCUUGUCGCCUCUGCCUCCUCUUUGACACUAAAAACUGAAAAUUCUGAUGAUGAACUUGAUCCUAAAUCAAUCGCAUCAAAUGAAAACCUGUCUUUGCAGCAUCUUGAGCAGGUACAAAACGCAACACUAUCGUGGCUAUCAGCAUCCCAUUGUGAUAAGAAAACGAGUCUCAAUAUCGCCAACACUUCUUUCGCUGAAGCAGGGAAAUCUAGUGGAAAAUCAACGGCAACAACUCCUGUUACAUGCGGAAAGAGCGUGAAUGUCACACGCUCAUUUGAUGACGGCUCUCCUGUGAUGUCACCUGCAGCUGAAACUCCUCUCAAACCUCUCUCCAACUGUGAUUACCUAAAGUUGUGUUUGCGGUUGAAAGCAACCCUUUGCUUACCAAGUUUCUACUUUCAAAGCGACACAGCAGCCGUUUGUUUUUGUUCUGAUUGUUCACCAAGCUACAAUUCACUGAAAGAGGAGCCACCACCUGGAACCGUUCCUUCUAAUUGGUGCAAAUUACCGCUUCACAAACUCACCUCACCAUCAACUGUAGAAAAAUUAAGCUGUGAUAAGUGGCACAUAGCCUAUGCAAGCGCUUCAUUAGGACAAAUUCGCCAAGUCUUAGAGCAAGGAGAGCUCUUUGAUCCUUGUGAAAAUUUAGGCAGUUGUGAUACUCAUAGUGAAUUUAAAUGGAAGCAAAACGAAUGUGAUGCCUCUCAGAUAAUCUUAUCGCCAACUUUAAAACAUGUUGCGUCCCCUCUCAUCAGUAAAAAGCAUGAAUUCUGUGACCCGAAGACGAAAAAACUGUACCUAGCCCACGCUGCAUUCCAAGUCCUUGUAAAACCAGGCUCAUACAAGACCAAUCCUUUGCCUGACACAGGGCUAAGCAAAUCAAUAGACUCGCUUUCGGAUACUGACAGUGUCCAAUGGCAGACCAAAGAACAAGGUGCUACAUUGCUCACAGCAUUAUUGCUGAAGUUGGAUCCUAUUUAAUUUAAUUUUCUCUGAAAAAACUUAGAGUUCCUCUUCUUUUCUAAGGUUGUUAAUAGCAUUGUGGGGGACUAAGUGAUAAUCAGUUUAAUUUAAAGUCAGUGCUGCUUGCCAACGGUAAAAAAGAUGUGGAAAAAAUGCCUCAACGAGCUAUAGUGGAGGAAAAAGAGGAAGUGCUUGUAAGUCAAGGAUUCGUACCAGCCGACUCCAUUCGGUACACAUAAUAAUCAACUAAGAUGUUGCAUCCAGUCUCUUUUAUCAAUGUUUCUCGAAAAGAAAUUUUCGGGCUGAAAACGCGAUUAUCUGGCAAUGGAGACUUUGCAGGUGUUGGAAAUUUUGGGAAUUUCAUGUUUAAGAUCAAACCACUGAGUGAACUGAGCAGUAGAAUAUCCUUGGUUUCUAAAAUUAAUUAUUAUUAUAGCAGAUAUGACCAGAUGACCUAAUUUGUUAAAAUACAUUUGUUUAAAUGGAAAACACAGUGUGAUGACAUUACAAGGCAGCAUAUUUUCUCUUUUAAGAUCUAUUUUUCUAAAAUCUUCCAUAUCAGUAAAAAAUUAUGACGAAUACUGCUUACGCAGCUCAUUGAGCUCUCUCUGAUGCAGCAAUAAAACAUCUUUGCGCAAAUUCUCCAUUGCAUGGAUACCCUCAGAAAUCAUAUCAGGCUGGAGCCAGAUAUUCAGCCCAACUCUGGUUCCUAGUUGUAGAAUAAAUUUUAAGCUUUUUGUGAAUCGUACAUUAGUUUCCAAGGUAUUUACGAUUAAAGCUGUACCCGGUGACUUCACAUGACUACGAAAGCUAACUUGCACUCACCUUUUGUCGUUGCUCUAUGUUCAUGACCUUCUCUAUAAAUGAUUGUUUCGAAUCGCACACAUUUUUUCAAGAACGUACAGGCAUGCCUCCCUUACAUUUACCAACUUUUUAUCGGUUACUAUUACUGUUGGUUUCAUGGCUUUAUUCUCAGUUAUUAAAAGAAUCCACAGACUUAUUUGUUAAUUUUAAAGGAUUCUAAUGGGUCCCCAAAACCUCAGGAUCAACACAAGGCGCUUGCAACAACCAUUUGCAUCCACAAAAGGGAUCUAGGAAUCGGAGUAGGCCGGAGAAUAAGGUGUCCAGAAAUAUGAAUUGAGGAAAUAACUAAAAAGAGGGUGAAAAGAAACAAUAGGAUAGAUGUAAAAGGAUGAACUCAGGGGGAAAAAUCAAAGAUGCCUUGUUCAAGAGCAAGACUCACUCAGAACAAGCGUGUAUUCAAGACUGCAACUCAAGACUUGAGCUCUAUUUGUCAAUCACUUAUAUUAUUACAUAAAAUAUUUUGCCGGUGUUGAUCAACUCUUUUAUAUAAUUAACAGAAAAUAAUAGACAUUCACGGUUAAUUUGAUGAUUUGACUCAUUUGAAAUUCAGUAAAAAUACAAUUAUCUGGCCAUUGGUGGCGGGUAUAUGCACUAAAUAUUGGAAACCGUGGCUAAUUUAAGAGGCACAAAUUAGUGUACAAAAGAUGAACGAAAACAUGAAAAUUUUGCGAUACUAUCAUAGAAAAUGCAACAAUGUAUGUGCUUUGUUCCGUAACUGCAUUUUAUUCUUAAUUGAUGAUUCUACUUGAGCACAGUCAUGCCAAGCUGAAACUGGAUAAAAUCCUCUAUGUCCAUUGUUUAAUUCAUGUGGGAAACAAAGCCAAUAUUCAGAGUUCCUUUCACUACUUCACUGUAUGACAGGAAACCUCAUGAUUCUUGAAUUUUUAAGUGUAUAUUUGUUCUGAUAGAUCUGAUGACGGAUACUGAUUAUAAAACUGCCCUACAGCAAACUUACACUUUCUUUCCAUUUUCAUUUAAUUCUAAGAUUUCAUACAUGAAUCAUCCUCUGAGAGUAAAAUUCUCCCUAAAAGCACACCUCCUGUUAUUCCCUCCUGGCCCAUUUUGCUUUUGUAUUUUUGUUAACGCAAACAUGACACAGCUCGAUUUUUCUUUUUUUCUAUGUUACCAUUACUUUUAAGCUUGUUCCGUCUUGUCAUGGGAAAACUUUUAGAAGCACAAUUUUUUGUGAGGAGGGGAGGGGGGAGGAUGAGGAGGAGAGCAUUUUAUCUGCUACUUUUGCUCCUCAGAUCUGUGUUCUCAUACGUAAUUUAUUGAAAGCUUUUUGCCUCAAUGCCUCUAGUAAGCAUGCAAGCAAGGGUUGAGAAAGAGAUUUCUUUUUGUAUGGCAGGAAUCAUAUUCCUGAAUUUAUUAUAUCACUUUUUUAAAGCAAAAAGUGGAGAGUACUUUUGUUAUUUUUUUUUUUUUUUUUUUUAUUAUUUUUAAUUAACGCAAGUCAGAAAGAUGAAUGGCUCCAACAUGGUAUUUUAAAAUUUAAAUGUUCCUGUGCACGUAGAAAAUCUUUUUUCGUUGUAUCAAAUUUUAAUAACUUUCAUCGAACAUCAGCACAAUCUUGGAGAAUCGUUUAAAGUUUUUACUUCUCAAAGUGUUGUAUACUAAAAAUAAGCUCUGUUCUUAUAAGCUUAGGCUCUUUCGUUUUAAUUUUUAUGUUUCGAGAAUGCUCAUUUGUUUGUUUAUGAUUUUAGUUUGUAAGUCGUCAGAAUGAAUGUUAUCAAUCCAGGAAGACUUGAAAAGUCCUUCCAUGUGAUAAUUUUUUAUAAAUAUAAUGCCCUUCGCUAAA